AUGGUGCUGCUGAGCCCGUCAAUAUGUGGAAUGCGAAAGUUGCUUGCCAUUUGUGAGGAUUAUGCUGAUCAACAUGGAUUGAAAUAUAAUGCUGAUAAAAGUGAACUGUUGGUUUUCAGAGGUAGAAAUAAAAGUCCAACAUAUAUCCCUCCAGUAAAGCUUAACGGUUUACUUUUACAGAGAGUAGCCCAAUUUAAAUAUCUGGGUCAUAUUGUAACAGAAGACUUGAAGGAUGAUCUAGAUAUUGAAAGGGAACGCAGGGCGCUAGCUGUGAGAGUUAAAAUUACACUGUUCAAGGCUUUCUGCCAAACAUUUUACACCAGCAGCCUUUGGGCCAAUCAUACCCAAAGGGCAGGAAAUACCCUGCGUAUCCAAUAUAACAACGCCUUCAGGUUGCUGUUGGGGCUUCCACCUUAUUGUAGUGCAUCAGGCAUGUUCGCGGAUGCGCAUACUGACGAUUACUUCGCGAUCAUGCGUAAAAAAGUGGGGUCACUGAUGCACAGAGUGAGGAGGAGCUCGAAUAGUCUCUUGAGGGUCUUUGCGGAACGGCUAGAUGGCCCGACACUGGGUAGGUUUAUUAAGCUACAUUUACGAAAUGGAGCUUGA